AGAAAGAAGAGAGAGAGAGGGAGAAAGGGUGAGAGAAAGGGAGAGUGUGAAGAGGAGGAGGAGGAGGCAAGAAAGGCAAGACAUAGUAGGACAGAGUGUGCAGCGUACUGUAGCAUACUGCUGUGUUGUGAUUAUGGAGUGAGAAUGGAGCAGCAGGACCAAAACAAGACGAGAAGUGGAUACAAGGAGGACACAGCUUGGCUUUAUGCCUGAUCAAUAAAAGGUAGAUUAGUUCAGAAUCUGAGCAGUAGAAGGAUUCUCAUUUGGCAGCAUCGCUUUGCAGUGCUGACUGCCUGCCUCUGAGUUUGAAUUCUGCAACCAAGGGAUUGAAAACAUGAAGACAAAGUCACUCCAAACCUUGAGGACUUACGAGGACAUAAAACACAAAGCAGAAAACUAGCUCCGGACAUUUGGAGUCAGGAAAACAAGACAUCUUGCAGCAAGCUCGUACAAACACUCAGAUGGGUCUAAUGGUGUGGAAACGCUGCCGCUCUCUUGAGUUCUCAGAGUUUUGAGUUGCUCAGACAAGGGAUGGGGAGACGAGCAGCCGACCUGACGACUCCGGUUCCAGUUUUAGGAGUCCCUGCUUUGGUAGGGGUGCGUGGCUGGAAGACAACGGGAGGAGACAGAGCCGGAGGAAACUUGCUGCAGACAUGGGGACUUCACUGCAGCAUUGGUGUUCAGACGUCCCCGGGGAUAAGCAGGCCACCCACCCAGCUAACUGAUACACUCUCAGAUAGCAUUGCUCAGACAUCCAACAGCUAUAUUGCCAAGGAAAAUGAAUACAAGGAGAUACUGCUGCUAACAAAGAGUGACAAAGAGAAAAAGGCUAUUUUAAAACAGAAAAGUGGGGAAUCCAAGACCAAAAAAGAAGUGACUUUCAAAGCACUUGGAGGUGAAGUCUCUAAGGAUGUGGCCUGCUGUCAGAGGAACAGUGCGGGGACUUAUUGCUACGCCAGGGCAAUCAAGACCAAUCCACACAUUGCAGGGAAUGUAAGCAAUGGCAGGCCUAAAUCUGCUGCUCGUUACACCAACGGCAGUGUGGUUGAUUCGGACGCGAUCGGUGGAAUUAGCAUAGCUGAUGAUGAAGCAGAGCCUGUAAAAAGUGCAACCUCUCGUGGAAGAGACCACACCAGACUGCAAGGUCAUUAUGCUGAUCAGUCUGGGAAGCCGCUAUCCGCUGCCCGACCUUUUGGCAUGCCACAAAAAAUAUGCAACUACUGCGGUGGGAGACAGUCUGUAACCACCGGAGCUGCCAUUCUGGGGGAGAAAUGUCCGAACGUGGACGCUUGUCUUAGAGAGAAGCAGUUAAAGUCAGCCCUCGCCUCACUAUCGGCCACUACGCAGAUGCCCGUUAUUGAAAAGAACCUUAAUCUGAGCCAGCAAAUCCCUGAGAACAUAACAAACUCUGAAAAAAGGACACAAAUCACAGUCAAUCCACAAAUAUUAUAUCUUAAAGAAGAACUGAGGUAUAGAAAUACACCGCACCCUGCAUGCCCAGUGCACUCCAGAGGCAAUCCAGCUACUUUAUGUCACACACAUGAUGCCAUCCUACAUGCUAAAACCAUCACAGUCACAAGAGCAACUAUUGAAACCAGACAGGAUGAGUCCGGUGUGAAAUAUUUAACUGAACCCCUACAGGACAGCAAGAUCCCCCAAACAACAAGCCUCACUUUCACUCCCCAGAUGGCUACUGCUACUAAAUCAAACAACCCACAUUCACACACUUACCCUAAGACCCUCAAGACCACACAGUGCAACUCUACACAGUCACAGUAUAAUGUGCCUCAAAAUGUAUGUGUAUCCGUGCACGCUACACCUAAGAAUACUCUGUCACCACCGUCUUAUUUGUAUACUAUAGCUGGAGGAUCUGGAAAUACAUCCAGUACUAAUGCACACAAAGCAACAGCAGUUUCUAAUUCUGCAGUGACAGCCACUGAAAAUAUAGCUGCUAAAGGUGAUACUCAACAUGAAACCCUGCACUCACAACAAACAGCACAAGGAAACAUCGGAACAAAUGCCACUAACAGCCCACAAAUGACCCCAAAAUGUCCCACAUUAUCACCGCCAGCCAACGCUUUCAAUUCUAUUCAAAAAUCUGAAUCAGCUGCACACCUUGCACCCGCAAAUCCACCCUUAACUUCAUCUGAUGUUCAUAAACGACAAGAGAACCCAUCUUUAAACACUGACAGCACACCACCAGGUAAAAAGUCUUUUAUUGACAGUGGAGUAAACUCAGCUGGAUUCCCUGCUUUUGCUAAUCCACCACACAAAACUACAGCACGUCCACUUCACAGCACCGUUGUCCAACAGAGCGCUUUCAAUCAUAAAGCUAAUUCGGAUCAAAUUACGAAUACUAAACAUACGUCGGUGGCUGCUCAAAUUCACCUACUCCUUCAGUCUAACUCCUCAAAUUCUGAACCUACACUUCAUCUGUCUAUGUCUUCUCUACACACCACAUCUAGUGUAUCUAAACCCCUAGACUCGAGAGCUCGGCUGUCUACAAGUACAACUCCCAGCUCCACUCUCACAUCUAAUGGCACUCUAUACAAAAACACAGCCCUCAGGAAAACCACAUUCAAUUUGAAAAAAUCUGCCUCCGCAGCCGACUCACUGUUGUCUGCACAGACCGAAAAACAACAAAACGUCUCUGUAUCAAGUACAACUUUGCUUCAAUCAGCAGACACAACCCAAGUACUUAGCUGUAAUGAAGCCCCCGACAGAAGCAGACCUCAUCACACACAAGCAGCAAACAUCAGAACUCCCAACAAUAAUGAAUCUGGUGUCUGCGGGGUUGUUCCUAAUCAGAGAAACAACUCCAGAACACCUCAGCUCGCAUUAUCUCAACCACAAAAUGUGUUGGAAAAUCAUAACCGGGGCAGUGAUCCUAAUUCAACCGUUAAUCCAAAUGAGGAGUUGUACUGUGAUAAAAGCAAAUUCAAUGGUAAUCUAAUCGAUGAAUUAGUUGUGCAUGAGUCAAAAGCCCAUGGAAAGUCAAAUUUAUCACAGGUCAAUAACCUUCAGAAUUAUAUUUCCCUAAUUAAGCCAAGCAGCUCUUGUCUGCAGGGUUGCAUAAACACAGAACAGCAAAGGCUUGCCCAUUAUCAAGGAUGCACAGAAACAGAACAUGAGGGACAAUGUGCAACAUGCCCACCAGUCAAAACAGCUCAGCAGACGGAUUCAAAUACAGAACAGUUUGCCUUAGGUGCAUCAGCCAGGCAUGCUAAUGUUGAGCCUAAAUACAAUACAGAUAAACAGACACAUCCCAAUUAUUCAACAUCCUCUGUCACAGCACAAAAAAACUGUGAACUGGUGACCUCAAACACACAUGUCCAACCUCUUACAAAAUCUUCAAUCCACCGAAAGUCUGAUUUUGAUAUUUCAUCACAGCCACGAGCACACACAAGUUCUUUCUCUGCACGAGCCCCGUUCAGCAGUGAGGGAGAGCUCUGUGCACACACAGGCCCUGAAUGUAAUUCCAUAUUGCUGUCAUCAACAACGCGCACGGCAUCCCAUCCUCGCCCCCAGCCCAGGGAGGCUGAGGCAAUCGUGAGGCCGGAUUCGAAGUUUAGCCCUGCUCCCCCUCAGCCGGGCCCAGAGGACACCGGCCUGGCUCACUCCCACCCAGCUGAUGCAGCCCUGUUGCUGCCGCCUUCCCCACAGUGCAGCAAAUCAGCAGCCCUACAGCAGAGGCUCGAGACAGUGGAGGCCAGCCUGGCAGCCAACAAGGACAGGAUCACUACUCUGCUUAACAUUAUCCAUGACCUGGAGUCAUGCCACACUCCCACCAGUGGUCGGCGAUGCUACAUAACUGGACAGGACCUCAAAAACUGCUCAACCUGCCAGAAGACUGCGUGUAUCGUCUACAGCGUGGAGUACGACUUCAGGCAGCAGGAAAGACGCUUCUUGGAGGUUCUGAAUCAUUCGGCCAGUGGCAACAGUGAUUUCUCCGUGCAUCUGUCCCAACCCUUGAACUUCAGCCUGCUCAGAAAUGGCAUCAUUAAGAACUUAGCAAAGACAAAGGUGAAAAGCAAAAAGCUGUGCAAGACUCUGUUCAAAUGGAUCCCGAGGAAAAUUCAGCAAAUGUAGCCUUCUAAUUAUACCUGUGUGCUGUUUAAUAGCCGUUAGCCUGUGUUUCAAGUGACCAGCAGAAGCCUUUUGCAGGGGAUUCUUACUCUUUCUUUCCCAUAGAAUGAGAGACUCUGAAUUAGGCGCUUACCCACUAGAGUUCCACUCUCCUGCACACUGUCAAAGCUUAUAAGCAGGAUUUUGUACCCUAAUUUGCCCAUGAUCUUUGUGACCUUCAUCUAGUAUCAUCCAUAAGAGAGUAUUUAAUAUUUUGAAAGUUAAUGCUAUUUUGUUGUCAGUAUGCCUGCGUAAAAUUUAUGGUUAAGCUCCACCAUAGAUUUCUAUAUCUAAUUUUAUAUAUGAGAUUCCUUUCUCUUUGCACUUCUAUGAUUAAUGCAGUUGAAUUUACAUUUCUCCUUCAGUUGUCCUCGUACCUUCUUCCCCCAAGAAUAAAUGUUCUGUAUACAAGUUUUGUUAUACUUGAUUUGUCUGUAAAUCUCCUAAUUUGUCCAGAGCAUUCUUUAAUUCGGAUUGUUAACUGAACUUGGUAAUUUAUGAAUGAAAUAAAGGUUUUUUUUCCAGCUAA